AUGCACUUCUCGACCAUCCUCAGCGGUCUCAUCCUUGCGGCUACCGCACUCGCUGCACCUUCCAUCGUCGUCCACAACAAUUGCAAUUUCACCAUUUUCGUUACCUCUGUCGGUGCUACAGCUGGCAACACGACCGAGGUGCACCCUGACACCCUCUGGACUGAGGAGGAAUACUUCCAUGGUGUCGGCACCGCGAUCAAGGUCACCAGGUCCGCCGCUGCUCUCUGGACCGCCAAGCCCACUCUGCACUUCAGUUACACAUACAACAAGGGUCAGAACAUCUACUACGACCUCAGCACCGUAUAUGGCUUCGACUUUUGGGGCCAGAAGCUCACGGUCAAGGGCGACAAAGGCAAGGAUGUGCCCACGAUUGAAUGGAAUGGUGCACCGCAGCCGAACCACACUUUGGCAUACUUUGGAGAGACAGGUCUGACGCUCGAGGUUUGUGCUGCAUAG